AUGAACUCAAUGGCAGACACCGAGGUGGUGCAGUAUGUGCUGCAGAACAAGAGUAACUAUUAUAAGGUGCUCAUGGUAGAAACCAACGCCACCGAGGCACAGAUCAAGGUAGCCUACAAAAAAAUGGCACUCAAGUGCCAUCCGGACAAGAACAAGCACAGGCAGGCAGCUGAUGCUUUCAAGCUGGUCGGCAUGGCGCACACGACGCUGUCAGACCCCACCAAGCGCAGCAUCUACGACCGGCAUGGUGCGGAAGGCGUACAGCGGCACGAGAGCGGCGGCACGCGUCGGCCCGCGAACAGCGCGGGUUUCUACCGCCGGCGCCCAACCGGGCAGCGCGACUUCUUCGAGGAGUUCUUCUUUGGCAACGGCCACCACGCGAACAGCUAUGGUGCACAUCCCGGCGGCAAUGGUGCACAAUACCAAGCUGAGGUGAACAUCAAUCCCAAUGCGCUGCUGUUUGUGCCCUUUAUUGUUUUUCUGCUCGUGGCAAUGCUCUUGUCGAGCUCCUACACCGAUGUCGACCCCUCCAACCCGCUGUUCGGCGGUAGUCUCCGUAGCGCUGGGAGGGCCGCCACUUCCUUUAGCUUCACGGCGUCACAGGGCGAAGGCUUCAUUGUGCAGCGCACGACGUCCCUGUUUGGGUUACGCGUGCAGUUUUACACGACGCCCCAAACUUCAGACAUGAUGGACCGGCGAAAAGAGGUGUACUUGUCGGUCGAACAGAAAGUGUUGGAGAGUUGGCGGGACUCGUUAGGCCGUCGUUGCGAGGCGGAGUCGCUUAAGUACCGCUCGCGCGGCCGCAACGAGGUGCCACCGGUGUGUACCGACUAUCAGCACUUUCGUCGAGCACUGGGUUGA